UCACAGAAAGGCAUCAUUAAAUCAAGUCUACUUUCCAAUCUAUCAGCACCAAACCCUACACAGACAACAAAAAUAGUGUUCUUUUCUCACUUGUCCUUAGUAAAAGUUUUAUCCUAGCUACAAGAAUGGGUUUGCAUUUGCAGUUGUAGUUGUAGUUGUAGUAAUGGGUUGCACGGCGUCCAAGUUGGAAAACGAGGAAACCGUGCGCCGCUGCAAGGAGCGCUGCCGUCUUAUGAGGGACGCCGUCUACGCGCGCUACCACCUCGCCACGGCGCACUCCGACUACUGCCGCUCCCUCCGCCUCACCGGCGACGCGCUCUGCACCUUCGCUGCCGGUGAGCCCCUCGCCGUCGCCGGCAACACCCCCGCCGUCUUCAUCAACACAAACAACGUUCCACCACAACCACCUCCUCCUUCCUCCGCCGCCGCCGGCCAACCACGCGCCGUCUUGCUCAAAACUAAGAGCAAUCCCACGCCGCCACGUCAUCAUCCUCCUCCUACCGCUGCCGUUCCUCGCCGUCGUCGUAAUCCGCCGCCGAAGCUCCCUCACAUCCUCUCCGAAUCGAGCCUCUGUUCCACGCCGAGAAGCCAAUCGUCGAGUUACUCGUUCUUCCCAACCGCGCAACAAGCUCCCUCCAUAGCUUCGGAAACAUCCUCAGUUUGGGAUUGGGAAAAUUUCUACCCUCCGCCGUCUCCGCCAGGCUCCGAUUACUUCCGGCACCGUUCCGAUCCUAAAACUCCCAAACCAGAAACGGCUCAUUCCGAAUCAGAUUCAGCAUACAACUUGUUCCACUCCAAAUAUCACCGUGAGAAUCGCAAAAUUGAGAACGCGAACAUCGAUUCUCGACAACACCGCGAGGGUUCCGAACACGAUUUCUUCCCGGAACGCGAACCAGUUCGCACGCAGGGGGAGCCGGAGGAGGUUCUGUGCAGCGAGUGGGGCGACCGCGAUAGCUUCUGCACGAACUCCUCAUCCGAUGAGGAGGAAGAAGAACGAGAAAUCUCCGGUUCGGCGAGGGCGGAGCCGGUCUCCGGCGGUAUUGCUCCGGCGGCGGAGAAGGAGAAGGUGGCGGUGAGGCAUAGGGAUUUGAAGGAGAUUGUUGAGGCGGUUAAGGAGAAUUUUGAGAAGGCUGCGGUCGCCGGAGAUCAGUUAUCGGAUUUGCUCGAGAUCGGCAGGGAUCAACUUGAUCGGAGUUUCAAGCAAUUAAAGAAAACUGUGCACCACUCGAGUAGUUUACUGAGCAAACUGAACUCAAGGUGGACCUCAAAACCGCCAUUGGUGGUUAAGUACCGGUUUGAUACCGGUUCACUUGAUAAACCGGGCGGUCCGAUGAGUUUGUGCUCCACUUUGGACCGGCUUUUGGCAUGGGAGAAGAAGCUCUAUCUUGAAGUGAAGGCUAGAGAAGGUGUGAAGAUUGAGCAUGAGAAGAAGUUAUCAGCUUUGCAGAGCCAGGAAUCCAAGGGGGGUGAUGAAGCAAAGCUAGAUAAAACAAAGACUUCCAUAACAAGAUUACAGUCACUAAUUGUUGUCACGUCUCAGGCUGUGUCUACCACCUCAGCUGCCAUUGAUGGCCUUAGGGACUCUGAUCUUGUUCCUCAACUUGUUGAGCUCUGUCAUAGAAUCAUGUACAUGUGGAGAUCAAUGCACCAGCACCAUGAAACUCAAAGCAGCAUUGUGAAGCAAGUCCGUGGCCUAGUGAACCGAUCCUCCAAAAACCACUCAACAUCCGAAACGCACAAGCAGGCAACUCGGGAUCUUGAAUCAGCUGUGUCAUCUUGGCACUCCAGCUUCAAUUGCCUCAUAAAAUUUCAACGGGACUUCAUCCUUUCCCUCCAUAGCUGGUUUAAGCUGAACCUUAUUCCCAUCAACAACAACUACAUGGAACAUCAACCAUCUGAUCAAGCAUUUCGCUUCUUCGAUGAAUGGAAGCUUGCUCUUGACCAUGUCCCCGACACGGUUUGUUCUGAAGCCAUCAAAAGCUUCAUCAACGUCGUACACGUGAUCCAUGUCAAGCAAUGCGAAGAGCUCAAGAUUAGAAAGAGAACUGAGACCGCUUCUAAGGCCCUUGAGAAGAAAUCUUCGUCUCUGCGGGACAUAGAGAGGAAGUUUUACAGCUCGUAUUCCGCUGUAGGUGUUGUUGGCAUUCCUGACUCUGUGCCUGAUGAUGGACAAGUGUUGGACGCGCGAGACCCGCUCGCGGAGAAAAAGAUGGAGCUAGCAGGGUGCAAAAGGCAGGUUGAAGAUGAAAUGGUGAGGCACUCGAAGGCGGUUGAGGUGACAAGAGCUAUGACACUCAACAAUCUGCAGAUGGGGUUGCCUGUAGUGUUUCAGGCAUUGACAAGUUUUUCUUCCUUGUUCAUUGAGGCUCUUGAGUCGGUGUGUAAACAUUCAUAUGCAGUCAAGUAGGUAGAUUAAGAGUAUGUUCAGAUUUAUGUUUGGUAAAUCUGAAAGCACAUUUGCACAAUUGAAUAAGUGCAUUCUGUUGGGUGUAUGUGCAUUGAAAAUUGUGAUUCCAAUUAUGAGGGAUGUUGUUUAGAACUAAAACCAAACACACUAAUUUAUUUGCUGUGAUGUAGGUAGAUUUCUUGUU